AUUCAAUUACUAUAUAUUAUUUUCUAUAAGCGAUACUGCGAAAAUAGAUUCGCUGAUUUGUGUAGUUACAUAAAUUAUAUUUAAUGCAAUUACUUAAUUCAUAAUACUCAUUUUACGUGUCUAUUAGUGCAACUAAAGUAAAAAUGCAAUCGCUGAAAGUGGUAGAAUUCGAUAAAUUAGAUACUACUAUACAAGAACUUCUUCGUGAAGCUACCAAGGCACGCGAGUUUGCUUAUUGUCCCUACAGUAACUUUUCGGUAGGAGCAUGUUUGCAAUGCGAAGAUGGGACUUUAUAUAGAGGAUGUAAUGUCGAAAAUGCGGCAUACCCAGCUGGUAUUUGCGCAGAACGAACCGCAUUCGUAAAAGCAAUAAGCGAAGGCAAAAGUAAAUUUAAGUCACUUGCGGUUAUUGCGAACCAAGAAAAAUUUAUUACCCCACCUUGUGGAAUUUGUCGUCAAUUCAUGAGCGAAUUUGAUGAUAUUACCGUUUACCUGGCAAAACCCACACUUGAAAGUGCUACCGUACUUAAAUUAAGUGAGCUUUUACCCUUCCAAUUCCAGUUGAACUCUGACUUUACUUUUUAAGUACUUCUUGUUUUAAUUAUAUGGAAGACAAAACUCCAAACAUUUAAAAGUAAAUUAAAUGAAUAUUAUAAUUCUAAUUGUAGGGAUGUAAUCCCCUCUUAAAACGCAUUUAUUGAAUAACAAACAAUUUCAAUUUUUAUACUAUAAAAUAAAGUUAUUAAUAUUCUGUUUAUUUUAUUGAAUAUUGAGUUGUUUUAACUUAAUUAAAUGUAAUAGUAUUCACAACAAUAAGUCAAAAGGUGAGUGAGAGUACUUUUCUACACAACAUAAAAAAUCUUUUGAGAACAAUUUGUUUAAUCAUUAAAUAAAAAUAAUUUAAUGUUAAAAAUCGUUUGAAAAACGUUUUGAUUCUAAUUGUUUAUAUUGCCCUUUAAACCAUUGACAUCAGUGUUAGCUGAAAGCACUCAUAUUUUUUUAAUAUAUAUAAUUAAAAAAAGA